AUGUCUUCUGUUGAUCCCUAUUUCGUAGUUGGUAUGCAUACCUCUUUUCUGAUUAUAGGUGUAUUGGCAAAUGUAUUCAUCCUGAUAGUUAAUUUCCAAGACUGGUUAAAAACCUAUGAUUUUAACCCAUCCAUGCUUAUAAUCAACACUAUUGCCCUCAUCAAUAUCCUUUUUCAAGGAGCAACUACUUUCAAUGAGAUCUCUUCCUCCAUGUUUGUGGAGUUCUACAUACAAGGGGUGGCGAAGGCCAUGCUAGUCAUCUUACCUUCCUUGGCAUUCUCAAGCCUUUGGUGUUCCACCUGCUUGUGCUUUUACUAUUGCAUUAAGAUUGUAAAUUUCAGUGGUUUUUUCUUUUACAAGCUCAAGGCAAAGAUUCAUGCACUUGUACCAUGGUUGCUUAUUAUUUCUGUUGCUGUAUCAUGGUUAUUUGGAGUAUUAGGCUACUGGGAUCUAUACAUGGACAUCAAAUCUGCGACUGCUCUUACAGCUCACAAUGCAACUUUAACAUUUUCUUUCAAUCCUGAAAGCAGAUGCAAAUGUCUGUUUCAGAUUUACAUGUUCUUUGCUUCCCUUGCGUUUGUUCUAAUAUUAAUCACGGCUGGUUCCGUCCUCACCUCUUUGAGUAAGCAUAUGAUUCAGAUGAAGAAAAACAAUGAAGGUUCUGGAAAUUCAAGAAUUCAGUCUCAUUUAUCAGCGGCUAAAACAGUGACUUCCCUCCUUCUUCUGUAUUCGAUAUUCUAUGUGUGCCUUAGUUCAUUAAUUAAUGAUGUGAAGAAUCGUGGCAGCCUAAUGAGUGUCCUUACAAUUAUUGUAGUUUGCAGUUUCCCAACAUUUAACUCGAUUGUUUUAAUAAUGGGGAACCGGAGGUUAUCAAACAGCUUAAAGAAACUCUUAGGUAAUCCCCCUGGUGCUAAUACUGAAGUCACUGUAGCUACCUACUAG